AAGGAGUUGCAUAUUUGAUGUUCUUCCCACAUUGAAAUUUCCUUUAUAUAUAUAUAAAUGCAAUGUUUGUAUUUUUUAAUAUUUCAUAUAUCUCCUUGCUUCUAUUUAGUGUUGAAGGAUCCUUUUGUUGUACAUUUAGAUACUUGUACAUGUAUACCCUCAACCCUAUUCGGAAUCUCGAGAUACAGGAAUUUUCUCAGCUGGAGUGAGCCUUUCUAGCAGUAAUAAAACCUACUUAAUCAAACAUACAGGAUUACUGUAAAGCCCGUAAUUCUAUCGAGAAAAUAUUAGCUAGUUUGUUCUGUGGUAAAUAUGGGGCUUUUAAUUAUUCAACACCACUUAGGUGUUGAAUCCUGCGCACUAAGUCUGCUACCUAAGCAUAAUCGGCUUCUUUCUAAUUGAUGACCGCAGAAUCUCCAACAACGAAAGCACGUUCCCUCCACAGGUAGGUUUCAUUUCACUCUCUAAGAUUACGUUUCAACAUGAUUAGGCUAUAUAAUUUGCAUAAGUAUCUAUGAUUUCUAUUAUAAUGUUUAACUCUCUUCAUUUCUCAAAUAUUUUGCUAACAAUUAGAUAUUCUAUCUUCAUUAUAAUUCGUGGUUAUAAAUUUUUUUUGGCUUCCGUAGGAUCUCGAAUUUACAGCAACAACGAAUUAUUAUUUAACGAUAUACUUUAAAUCAUGUAUAUUUUACAAGAUUAUAUUUUUGCGAUCUCGUCCUGAUCAAAGUCGCAUGAUUUUUGCUAUCACAACGUAUAUUAUACAUAUCAUUGUCGAGAACUGUAUUUUAGCAUUCAUACAGCCUAGCAAAUGCCCACAAAAAUAAUGUCCAUGCGAAAAUCUUGAAGUACAACUAAACGAAUAGAGACAAACAUGAAUUAACAUUACCAAGUAAUGACCAACCAACCACUUUAUAUCUCCACUUCAUAUACUUAUACAUAUAUCCCAACCCAUAACUUUACAUCCCCAAAUAAUGACCAACCCAUCACUUUAUAUCCCCAAGUAAUGACCAACCCAUCACUUUAUAUCCCCAAGUAAUGUCCAACCCAUCACUUUAUAUCCCCAAGUAAUGGUCAACCCAUCACUUUAUAUCUUCAAGUAAUGGCCAACCCACCACUUUAUAUCUUCAAGUAAUGGCCAACCCAUCACUUUAUAUCUUCAAGUAAUGGUCAACCCAUCACUUUAUAUCUUCAAGUAAUGGUCAAUCCAUCACUUUAUAUAUUCACGUAAUGGCCAAUCCAUCACUUUACAUACCCAAGUAAUGGCCAACCCAUCACUUUAUAUCCCCAAGUAAUGUCCAACCCAUCACUUUAUAUCCCCAAGUAAUGGUCAACCCAUCACUUUAUAUCUUCAAGUAAUGGCCAACCCACCACUUUAUAUCUUCAAGUAAUGGCCAACCCAUCACUUUAUAUCUUCAAGUAAUGGUCAACCCAUCACUUUAUAUCUUCAAGUAAUGGUCAACCCAUCACUUUAUAUAUUCACGUAAUGGCCAAUCCAUCACUUUACAUACCCAAGUAAUGGCCAACCCAUCACUUUAUAUCCCCAAGUAAUGGCCAACCCAUCACUUUAUAUCCCCAAGUAAUGGUCAAUCCAUCACUUUAUAUCUUCAAGUAAUGGCCAACCCAUCACUUUAUAUCUUCAAGUAAUGGUCAACCCAUCACUUUAUAUCUUCAAGUAAUGGUUAACCCAUCACUUUAUAUCUUCAAGUAAUGAUCAACGAACAAGUUUAUAUCCCCAAGUUAUGACCAACCAACCAUUUUGUGUCUCAAGUUAUGGUCAACCCACCACUUCAUGUCCAGAGGAAAAACUGCCCCCCGUGGAAAUAAUUGAUUCGACAAUGUUUUCCACGUAAUCAUUAAUUUCAUUUUUUUUUAAACAUGCAUAUUCUAACUAUGCACUCCUUCAUUACGAUGGAUACUUCAGUAUGCAUGAUUAAGGCGUAUGAGAGAGCGAGAGGCAGAGAGAGAGAGAGAUAUAUUCAUCAGAAAUCUUCGAGAUUUGGAAUAUAGAUUUAUAUUUUCAAACUUAAAGUACCUUGCAUAUAGAACCAUGAUAUUAAUGUUAUUAUCUAUGAACAAAUUUCGUGCUAAUUCGUGUAAUUUGACGUGAGUAAUGAAUUAGCACUUUGGUGAUAGUUUUGCGGGAUAGGGGGUGCCUUUUCACCGAUGAUAUAUUGAGAUUGUUUUGGAUUUCAAAAACACAGUGACUUUGUGAUCAACUUGACUAUUUCUUCUAACGUUAUGUACAAUGACGUAUCUAUAUAUAUAUAUAUAUAGUAACGUUGUGAACCUUGUUGGUGAAGUUACUGUUUAUUUGCGAAAAGGAAUCUGACUUUAAAAAGGGUCUUUAGGUUUUUCAUGAGAAAAUCCAGGGAAAGUUGUAUCACAUUAACCAGUAUUUCUCAGAAAUUUAUUCAAACACUCUUCAUCAAAACAGUAGAAAAAUUUACUUUUCAAAAAUGAAAAAGAUCGACUCCAGCGUUUGAUGUUAGGAGCGGGUGUGUCGGGCGACUACAUCGGUAUUACUUUACAAUCAAACUGUUUGUUUGUUGUUGUUGUUUUUUGUUUCAGGAUGAGACGAAUACUAGAGAAAAAACUGUAGAUAAUGAUGUUUCUGAAACGUAAACACGUCCUCAUGGUGAAGCUGACAUUUUAUCUUCUCUAUCUGUAUCUUGCGAUUUAUAUUUUCCGAAAUCUGCUUCAAGAAAAUACACCAAGAGAAGAGUACAAAACUGAUCACCUGUACAACGCUAGUCCGCCUUUAGUGAGAACCACGGCCAUCUUUCGAAAUAAAUCUAUGGCAUUCCAAUUACAUAAAGAACAGAAAAAGACUGAAAAAAAGUCACAUGGAAAUUUCCGCAGAAAAUUGGGUAAAAUCAAUUACCACGAGUAUCCGCUGGCUGUGGAUUUGAGGGUGGUUUUAGACAAGUUACAAAACAAGGAAAGGGUAUCCCUGGAGGUAAUCAAUCCUCAUUCUUUUCACUAUAUCAUUAAUCCGGAGAAAAAGUGUCUGUCAUCAAAAACGUCUCUACUGAUUCUAGUGAAAUCUGCAGCCGAUCAUAUAGAAAACCGUAAUGCCAUUAGAAAAACCUGGGGAAAUAUUACUGAUAACACGAUAAAAAUCGUUUUCCUGAUUGGCUCCUCUACAUUUGAUAGUGACAUCAUUAUAGAAAAUGCAAUAAAUCACGAUAUAGUCCAGGAAAACUUUAUAGAUGUGUACUGGAAUAACACGUACAAGACAGUAAUGGCGUUUAAUUGGGCAACGACGUACUGCUCUAUGACUCGCCAUCUGUUCUUUGUUGAUGACGACUAUUACGUUAACCUACCUAACCUUCUGUUCUUUCUGCAGCACAAUAAUAGAGACGUUUCUCUCCUCUCGGGGUAUCUUUUACCCAUGUCUGCACCUUUUCGUGACAAUUCCAGCAAAUGGUACGUGUCAGUUGAAGAGUAUCCAUUCCACAGAUAUCCGCCAUAUUUGGCAGGUGGUGCUAUUAUUGUCUCCAUGGAUGUUGCGCAACAGUUAGCUGCAGUCUUUCCGUACGUGAAGUACUUGGUAAUUGACGAUGCAUAUUUAGGUAUUGUUGCAUACAAACUUGGAAUACGUAUUUCGCUUAACGGGAAAAUAACUGAUAAGCACUGCCAGGACUGGCGCUUGCGCUUGAAGAUUGCUUGUCAUGGCUUUGGCAACGCCAGUACUCUCCUCCAAACCUGGAAACGUUUGAAAGAUACAGCAAUCAAAGUUAAUAUAUGAAAAUUCAUAGCCAUUUUAUAAUGUUGAACCAUAAUCUUUGUCUUUAAAUUUUCUAAUGUAUUAUGAACUUUCUAAUUUAUUAUUAUUAUUUUUAGAUGUUUACGAGUGUAUGGAGCCCCAGAUCAACAUAAACUGAAAUAUUCAAGUAUUCUGCGCAAUGAUAGAAUGCGCGCAUCAAAUCAAUUAAUGCUCUCAUCGAUUGAAUUGAUGCAUGUAUAUUAUUGCGCACAUCAAUUCAAUUAAUGGUAUCAUUAAUUCAAUCGAAUCAAUGCGAGCUUUAGGAUAAAUCGAAUUAUAGCUCUCUUCAAUUGAAUCAUGAGAGGUGAAGAUAACGAACAGUGAUCGAUCUCAUAACUCCUAUAAGCAAUACAAAGUAGAUAGUUGGGCAAUCACGGACCCCUGGACACACCAAGGGUGGGAUCAGGUGCAUAGGAGGAGUAAGCAUCCCCUGUCGACAUCGCAUUAAUUCAAUUGUUGAUAUGAAUUUAAAGAAAACAACAAUUCGCUUAUUGCGCACAUCAACUCAGCAGAAUAAUCAUUGCAAUCAGCAAUUCAAUCAAUGCGCACAAUAAUUCAGAAUUGAAGAUACCUAUAAUUAUUUCUAAAAAUCUCUAAUUGAAUCGUUGCGCACAUUAAUUAAAGAUGUUCGCACCUGAUAUUUGGAGUAAUGUCAAUUUUUUGGGAAGUGUAUUUGUGAUUUCUACAUUGAAGGAGAAUUAGGAAAUUAAAAAGAAAAACUGGGGUCGCAACGUUUGUUAUUGAGCUAUAGUGUUCUAAAUAUGACCUUUUUGCACUUAAAAUUUAUUCAAUUAAACUUGAUUUUUCUGUUAGUGUCAACACAACAUAAGCAACACAAAUCAAUCAUUACAUAAAAUAGAUACAUAACCAUGUCCUCUAACACUACAGAUGAAAAAAGAAAUUAAUACUAGUAAAGGAAAUAAAUAAUAACCUUUUUGCACUUGAGAUACGAAAAACUUCAUGAUAUCAAAACUGAGAGUUUAAAAGGACAUAUUAGGAGUAAUGUCAAUUUUUAAAAUGUUACAUAAUUUUCAAGGUCCGGUCUUCCAAUUUAAAAUGCAACUUUAAAAGGUAGGGGUUGGAGACCAAAUUUUUGAAUUAUUGGCGAAAUAUUGAAUUUUUAUACAAAAUUUCGAGUAAAUUAAUUAGAACUCUUUUAAGAAUCGGUGUUCUGUUUGGAAGAAUAUAUCAACCAAGUUGAUAAAUUACAACAUUUGAACUAGUUCCAAGUCUAAACUACCUGUAUCAUGAAUUAUCAAACUGAAAUACACGUAUAGGGGUAUAAAAAUAGAUGAUACAUUGGAUGAAACAGAAACUGUAAUAUCAUGCAGAAUUAGAACGUUUUUAUUAGUGAAUCCUUCCGCCACAAAAUAUAGUCCCUGUCAAACCCUUUCAACAUUUGAAUUGACACAAAAAAUUUCAACUGGAUAGAGUUCAGCAAUAGAUGUGUAAUAUAUUUGCACAAAUGGGAUCAGUAUUGAACCAGUGAAUACUUAGUUGUAGCUUCCUGUGCAGAUGUACUCAAAAGCUCAGGAGCUAACUUCCUUAACGUAGUUCCACACUCCUGUGACGUCAUAGGAUUUUGCAAAGUCAAUGAUUUAAUGACAGGAACAUAAAUUUUGUUGGAAUCUUUAUCAAUAGUUAUUGUAAAAAAUCUUGUUAGCCAUAAAAUAUUUCAAAAGUCUUAAUUAUAUUUGAAUAGUCAAUGAUAUGUUUCAAAAUAUUGAAUCCAAGGACAAUAACUCUGUUUUCAUUAAAUUAUUUAUCAAGUCCAUAAUGCGAUAGAUUUCCUUUAUUUUUGAAAAAAAAAAAAACAUUUUACCAAGGUGAUAAGGAAUCAUUAUCUGUGUCUUUUCAUGAAAUUACAUAAAUUUUUAAUCCCGAGUGAUUUUAAAUAGCUCAGCUGUAUGGUGCCUGACUUGAGUUUUUUUUUUAUCGGGGUAUACAUAAUCUGGAAGCUAUAGAUUUGAAAUAAUUAAGGAAAGGUGUGGAUUUCCCCCCAUAAAUAACUAUAACAGAUGUAACUCUACUAAUAUAAACAGAAAAAAUGAUAUGUAAACCAUGCUAUAAGCAAAAUGCGUCCACAUUUAUUUGUUUUUUCAACAUUUUGGAGAAUAACGAUUCAAUAAUUUUGCACAUAUUAUUCUAAAACUUGAUGAACAUAUUGAAAAUGACAUGUGUUUUAGUUAUUGACAUGUUUCCCGAUAAAAAAAAAUGCAAUUCCAAAAAUAUUUUGUUGUUUUCAUAUUAGAAUAACAACAAAUAACUGUUUCCAAUGAAUUUCAUCGGGGUACAUGACUUUAGUGGUGUAUGUAAUGAAAAUUAAUAUGGAAAUCCUUAACUGUUUUGCCUUUUUUCAUUACUCUGAAUGUUAAAUUAUUGAUUCCAAACAAAACAAUGCUACCUAAACCCGAAAAAUCCAGGACUAAGGACCCACCUUAAAUGAAUUGAUAAUGGCGCUCCAUACGAGUGUUGGAUCAAAUUAAAACCGUAAGCAAUACCGGCUACGGGCUCAUAAGAAACAUUGGGUUAUUGGUAUCAUAUUUUAUUUUAUUUUUUUAAUUCGAAGAAAUUGUUCUUGAUCAAUUAAAAUUAUGUGUUCUGUAAUUCCUAGUAAAAUAA